AUGGGAAUAGAGCAAAGAAAGGAAGGGAAUGACAAACUGAAGGGGAAAGUGAAGGGUGGUGGCACAGAAGGAACAAAGGGGGGAAAGAACCAAGCAGGGCUCCUUGAAUGGAGGCCAGUUGGGCCAAAGCAGGGGGAAACAUCCUCCAAAGCCCAAAAUAGCAAUGGUCCUGGUAAAUCGAAGGAGGUCCAAAAAGAGGAUCGCACUAAAGAGGGACAAGAGGUGGGAAGCCCAACAGUCGUGGACCAAGAAUACAAUAUAGACAUGCGGAUAAGGAACCCGACCGAUACGUCCCAAUCUGCUCCCUCCAUUAAGCAUCGACAGCGCAAUAAAAGUUCUGGUCAGAAAGGUGCAGGGGACGUGAAGAAUGGAAUCAAUCUCAAAAUUGGGGUGAAGAAAACAAUCAAAGGCAAUCCCAAACUGAAACGUGAUCUCAAAGAGAGAGUGAUGGCUUCUUCAUCCCCAAUCACGCAGCAGGCGAUCGAAGAGUUUUUGGCGCAAUCUCAGCAGAAGAUGGCGGUGUUCUUGAAAGGCUCGAACAAAACCCGAGAGGACGUGCCGAUGGGAGAGGAUCAGACUUCCUCCCCGGAACUUUCGGACGGACAAGAUAGUAGCAAGCUUCCAUCAGCUAUUGUAGAAGGUUAA